AAUAAUUCAGCUGUGAAUUAUAUAAAAGUUCAACGUUUUGUAAACUACAGUUUUGGUGGGAAAUUGGAUGAGAAAUGUACGCAGGGGAGUCAACUUUUUAAGUAAUUUUAUGAGCGUAAUCGCUUCGUAUCGCGGAACCCAAACGGUCGUUUUGCGCUCCUUGUGCGGUUAACCCUCAAGACGUUUUAAACAAAACAAAAGUAUUUAUGUGAGAUAUUUGUUAUGUGUUUAUACAUGGUAAUGUGAUAAAUAACGACAGUACAGUGUUUUAUUGAUGCACCGCCCGAUACAAACAUCAUGAGCAGCUGUUGCUAUGGUUACCUACGCAGAAGCGAUUUCUGUUCGCGUACGUAAAUUUUGUGGUUACUGACACGUUAUUCGAACGCUGUUGAAACAUAUAAAUGCUUAUGUAAAAAUACAUUAAUAAGACCCCCAACUUUAAUUUGGGGUAUUCAUGCCUUAAUUAGGGGGUCGUACAUCCCCCCAAACCUCCCUCAUAUUUCACACCCUGUGAAUGAGCACUUUGUGAAAAAGAUUUUACUGAAAUGCCAUUCGAUGCAAGUUUUUGUAAUUUUAUUAUAUAAAUUCACAUCUUAAUGUAAGUAUAUUUUCUCUGUCAGCUUAGAGAUGACAGGUGUAAGGUGAGCAGAAGGACUUUUAAAACACUGUUCUCCAAUAAACUUUAUAGGAACACUAAAGCUUAUUUCUUAUUUUCAUUUGUUUCUUACAAAAUUUAAUCUCGCGUACAAUUAAAAGACUUUUAAUAGUUAAAUGUGAAUUCAUUUUGAAAGUAUGCCCAGUCUGGAUGCCCUUUUCCAGGGUGAGACUCUAUAACCAAACAUGGGAGCGAAGCAAACAAAGGCCGCGGGACAGGAGGCAGGAGCGAGUCCUCAGAGCACAGGAUGGAAACGGACCCCAACGAAAGAGCGAGGAGACAUCCUUACUUCUAUAAUGUUGAAGUCAGGAGACAAACUGAGGAGCAGUGGGACUCCUCCUCCCUACCAGCGGCGCAUCGGGAUGAUACAAGAGAUGAUGCUGAUGGCAAAGCAGGGGAAACACGAUGAGGCGACAGAGAUGCUGAAGACUCUCCGGCAGGAUCUGGGAAUGGAGUCAACCUCUCUGGACGAUGUUCUCUACCGCUAUGCCAGUUUCCGCAACCUGGUGGAUCCCAUUACCCAUGACCUCAUUAUCAGCCUGGCCAAAUAUAUUCACUGCCCAAAGACGGAGGGAGAUGCUUUGGGUGCCAUGGAGAAGGUGUGCCGUCAGCUGACCUACCACCUGAGCCCACACUCCCAGUGGAGACGGCAGGGGCUGCUGAAGAGUAAGCCACAGGCCUGUCUGAAGUCAGUUCUUUCAAGCCCUCCCUCCGGUGGGACAUUAGAUCUGUCUGGCAUCCCUCUUGGAGUGAAAGACAUGGAGCGUCUCUGUGCCUACCUGCAUCACCACGCGUCCCGCAUCGGCAGCCUUGAGCUGGGCUUCACCGAGCUCACAGACGAUGCCUUCCUUCUGCUCCUCCCUACGCUGGCGUCUCUUCCCCGCCUUGAGACGCUGGCCCUCAAUGGCAACAGGCUGACCCGUGCCGUGCUCAAAGAGCUCACAGACACACUGAAAGACCCAGACAGCUUCCCCAGCGUCACCUGGAUCGACCUGGGGAACAACGUGGACAUCUUCUCCCUCCCACAACCAUUUCUGGUGAGCCUGCGCAAGCGCUGCCCCAAACAGGGCAACCUUCCCACCAUCCUUGAGUUCGGCGAGAGCCAGGCCAGCGAGCCGGAGGGCCGAGUGGAUGAGGACGAUGCAGAUGAUACAAACAGGACUGAGAGUAUGGGAGAACUCAGAUCUGAGGUAGAAGAAGAGAUUGACGGUGAGAUGGAGAUUGAGGACAUGGUGGAGGAGUUGCUGGACUUUGACAGGGAAGUGCAGGGCAAGGAGGACGAAGACGAAAGUAUGUGGACCUUGGAGGAGCAGCGGCUGGUAAAAGAUCCAGUUGCAAAGCGGAGCAAAGAGAAAAGGCCGUCCAAAGCAGAGGGCGAAGAGGACUUACAAAGCCAGUCUUCCCAUCUGUCCUGCUCCAGCCAGUCACAGCACUCUUCUGGAGCCAUCGAGCCUUUAAGAGAAGAUUCUGUCCCAGACCAGUUAGCGUGUCAUUCGAACAACCCUACCUGAUUGCAGCCACUGUCUAAU